AUGGCUGCAUGGGUCGUCUUUUUGCUAUGCGCCGCUUCCCUCUCGCUCGCAUUGACGCAAACUUUCUUUCAAGUCCCUCUACAACCUGAGCAAAUGCAUCGGAACGACUCCGAUUACCACCAGUUCAAGUGGCCCAUCCGCAAAGUCGCUGUCAUUGGCGCUGGUGUAAGCGGGCUUAUUGCAUACCGCGAACUGGUCGAUGCAGGCUUGGAGGUCAGAAUCUUCGAAAGGGACGAAGUGCCAGGCGGUGUAUGGCAUUAUUCGGAUGAGACCCAGGGUCAACCGCCAAUCCCGAAUGUGGACCCUCAGGUGGCCGACUUUGUGCCCUCGCUGCCACCUCCAAACGCACCACUGCCGCAUGUGGUCUAUCACAGUGACCGCGAUGACAAAACAGGGAUGACUAGCGCCGAACGCUGGAGGGAGCAUCGCGCCCCACAUGGAGUCUGGGCGUCACUGACUUCCAAUGUACCUGCUCCUCUGAUGAAGUUCAACAGGCAUGACUGGCCCCCGGGGAGUCCUUGGAAUAUUCCUCACCUUAGCCUCCAGCGUUACCUCCGCUCUGUCUAUUCAUUCUAUGGGAUCAAUGCCAACGAUCGCAGUCCCCACAUCUCGUACAAUACUCGCGUCGAACUAGUCGAAAAGCGACACGAUUCAUUCGGGAAUGAACAUGGAUGGAAGUUAACCGUCAAGAAAUUGGAGCGGUUGGGUCCUUCAUCGUGCAAAGAAACAUGGUGGACCGAGGAUUUCGAUGCCGUGGUGGUUGCAACGGGCACUUUCAACGGACCAAAUAUACCGAACAUUCCGGGACUCAUUGAAUGGCACCGCAGAUACCCGGAGUCCAUUCUCCACUCCCGCGAAUAUAGGCGGCCUGAAAUGUUUGCCAACCACUCUGUUCUGAUUGUUGGAGCCGGGUUGUUGAAAGAAUAG